AAAUUAUUUGCAGAAAUUUACAUCCUGAGACGGAAUCGGACUCCUGCUGAAUACGCCUCAUUGAAUACACCUUUUCCUGACCUCACAGGCUUGGUCGAUGAAUACGUCUUGUCGUCUUCUUAUUUUUAUGUCACGUAGACCAAGAGUGGAAUAUGACAGUGAUAUAAUUUUAAUAAUAAAUAUUCAGUUGUCUUAGCCAUGUUUCAUGCAGUUUGUACAAAAACCAACUGCUAAUUUCGAACCCUGUGGACGGUGGAGACCUCCUAGGACAAUCAUAUGUAUAAAUAAUGUGAAACCGGUUUUUACCUAUUGAUCAGCUUAGGAGGCAGAGAGAAGGCAGUUGGACGAACCCUUGAAGACUGAGAAGAGCGACAAAUGCUUAAAAUGAAGAUUACACUCGGAGGACUGGCACUCGUGUGUCUGGUGAACCUCGCAUGUUCUGCACCUGUUGAUAGCUUUGGAGAGAAGGCGCUGAAGAUUUUGGAGGCGCUUGAGACUUUAAAGAGGGGACAAGAUGAUGAGUGGCAUUACUACGAAGCUAUAAAUUCAAUGGAGAAAGCAGAACAAGACGGCGAUUUGACAUUUAACGAGGGCAAACUGUUACUGCUAAAAUUAGGCAACAAAAACAAAGAAGAGAAGUGGGUGACAGGCUGUUACGACAUUCCCGGGUGGAACACUUAUAUGUGUGGUUGGGUGCCAACAGGUUACUUUAAAUUGACACCGGACUCGAAUAAUGCUUACCCGAAACCAGAACCAGCAAUUUAUGCUCAACGGAGGUAAACAAACACGAGGCUCUGCAAAGUAUAAAGAUUUUAUUUACAGACGUUUGAAUAUUUGCUACUACCACCAAGAUCUGCACACCCGG